AUGGGCCUCUCCAAGAAACCCUCCAAGGCAAUCCUCUGCCUGCACGGCGGCGGGGCCUCCCCCGACAUCUUCCGCUUCCAAACCUCGUCCCUGAACGCCGCCCUGGGCCACGAGUACGAGCUUUUCUACGCGUCCGCACCGCACCUCGCCACGCCGGGGCCCGACGUCCUCCCCUUCUUCGCGGGCAUGGACCCGUUCUACAGCUGGUUCAGGCCCGUGCAUGACGACCCUGCCUCGGAGGUGGCCGUCUUCAACGAGGCGGUGCACAAGGGCGUCGAGAACUACACAAAGAACAGGCCCGGCGUCAAGAUCGUCGGGGUGCUGGGCUUCUCCCAGGGCGCGGUGGCGUCGACGGUGCUCCUGUGGCAGCGGCAGGUCGGGCGGGUGACGUGGCUCCCCGACGUCAAGUUCGGGGUCCUGCUCUGCCCCGGGUACAGUGCCGUCGCCACUGGGUACAUGCGGGAGGUCUGCGAGCAGGAGGACCGCGGCGGCGAGGAGGGGAUCGUGAUCCAGCUGCCGACGCUGCACCUGCACGGGCGUCAGGACGUCGUGAACCUGCCGCAGUCGAGGAGGAUGUACGCGACUCAUUACAAGGGCGCCAAGUUGGUGGAGUUUGACGGCGAGCAUGAAGUUCCCAGGAGGGUCGGGGAUAUCAAGAAGAUUGUCGAGUAUGUGCUGGGGAUCCCUGUGUAG